ACUUCUCGGAAGUGACCUGCUAUUUAUAACAGAUCCGGCCGAGCAGAAGCUUUCAGUGGGUAGUUGAUUGCUUAGUGAACCAUGAGUGAUGACCCAAGUUGGCCGUAUCGGCGGACGCUCGGCCGCUCGCCCUCCUUUGGUGAACUAAAACCUGCUGCCGAGCCCACCUUAUUGACGAGCUGCUGAUUGGUGAUGCAAUGGACGGUUUUUGCAGUAGAUAUAAAAAGUGAGCCUUAUUAAGGAGCAGCUAGGAGCCAAACAGAGUACAUUGUUUUCUAAAGCACAUCCACUGUCUCUCUUCCAAACUCAUCUGAGACUUCAGAUAACCUUAAACAGUUUGGUGGUUUGGAACACCUCUGAAAAAUAUAGCUGAAGAACCAUGUUUGCAAAACUGAAAAAGAAGAUUGCUGAAGAGGCAGGCAACACCUCACGUCCUGGUACGGCACGGAUUCCAAGAUCGGUCAGCAGAGACUCCAUUACUUCAAUAGGAGCUGACUCUGGAGAAGAUAUUGCUUCUGAUAGUAGCUGUUCUCGAGAGGAUCUGCUGUCUCAGCUGCUACGGCGAAAUGACCAAGUUCGGAAGUUGGAAGUAAAGCUGUCAGAUUAUGCUGAGCAGCUGCGAAAUUUGCAGAAGACAAAAGAGAAGCUUGAGAUUGCAUUAGAAAAACAUCAGGAUUCCUCAAUGAGGAAACUUCAGGAACAGAAUGAGGCAUAUCAAGCCAACAGAGCAAAAAUGGCAGAAGGAAUGGCACAAGCCUUAGAAAAGAGGGAUCAGGACUGGAUGCUGAAAGUUUCCAUUCUUGAAAAGGAGAAGACAAUGUUUGAGAAUCAGUUGAAGCAAAUGAAGGAUCACGGAUUAAAUCUGUUCCAGAAACGAGACGAACAGGACGAACUGGAUGGAUUUCAGCAACAGGAACUUGCCAAAGUCAAACAUAUGCUCUUGAGGAAAGAAGAACAGUUGCUCAAUAUUGAAAAGGAACUUGAAGAGCGUAAAAUAGAGCUAGAUCAAACCAAAGAAGAGCUGAAGCUCUCCAGUAAGAAACUCUUAAAUCAAGACAAAAUGCUGGAGCAGCUGCAGACACUAAAUGCAAAUAUUUAUAAAGAAAGAGAGGAAUUUGAGGCUAUCAAAAAAAGUGCAGAAGAAAAAAUAAUGGAGUUAGAAUACAGAAUACAGGAAUUACAGGAUGCGAAUCAAAGACUAUCAACUGAUUUACAUAAGACAUCUGCAGUGACAGAGGAGAAGGCAAAGUUUAUAGAGCAUCUGCAAGCAAAAGUAUUUUCCCUAGAGAAACACUUAGAGGGAAAUUUUUCAGAGGAUGAGCAUAUUCAGGAGCUGCUUGAAGAGAAAUCCUGUCUGGAGCAGAAACUGGAAGAAACAAAGCAUCAUUUGUUGGAAACUAAGACUAGCCACACUGUGACUGUCGGUACUCUCAAAACACAGAUCAGUGAAUUGGAGGAACAAUUAAAUUUUAUGAAGAAAAAGCUAGUGCAAAAAGAAAGUGAUAUGAAUGAAAAAGAAGCUCAAUUAAAAAAACUGCAAGAAGAAAGUGACGCUGAAAGCGAUAGAUUUCAGCAUCAAAUUGCUGUUUUAAAACAUCAGCACACAGAAAGGACUAACCGAGUGGAUGCUCAAAUUGCUGCUCUUGAAACUGCCCGUGAAUUUGACAAAACAGCCUCACAACACAAGAUAAGCCAAUUCCAAAAGAAAAAUGAAGAGCUAAGUGACAGGCUUAAUGACACAGAAAACACAUUGAGGAAAGUUGAAUGUGAACUGGAAAGAUCAAAGGAAGAAUUAAACAGCAGAGAAACUAUAAGCAUUGAAAUUGCCAAAGCAUUAGAAGAGACAAGGAAGCAGAGGGAAGAGUUGCAGCAUAAGGUCUUACAAUUGACACAAAUGCUGGAUGAAAAAAAUACUUCAGACUUUCAGAAAGAUAAAGAGUUAAUCAAAAUGCAAGAAGAUUUCAAGAAACUUGAGCAAGACCAUGAAGCUGUGAUAUCACAGAUGAAUCAGCUACAAAUGGAAAGUGAAAAUUUUAAAAGCUCAAAAGCAGAAAGAGAAGGGAUAGUUCAGAACCAGUUGAGUGACCUCAAGUUGCAGUUGAUCGAGAGACAAGAACUCCUGGCAGCCAGUGAGAGAAAGGUGAAUGAUCUAGAAGCAGAGGUGGCAGCUCUCAAUGGACAGUUACGUCCCCCAAAAAAUGAUGGAAAAGGACAAAAUGGAGAUGUGACAAUCUCGUAUACCUUACAGCUUCAACAAGACAACCAAGAUUUGGAACAGCAGUUAAUAGAGAAAAACAAGACUAUUAAACAACUGCUGCAGAGGCUAGCAGAAUUGAAGAAGACAUUACAGAAAGAAUUGAAAAUGAAACCAGAAUUGGAACCUGCUGAAGUCCGGGAGAAAACUUUCUUUGAACCACCAACCAGCAUCAGUAAUUCCUCCACAGUUGUAAACAAUUCAGAUCUUAAUGACUCCAGGGAGAUAAAUUUUGAAUAUCUGAAACAUGUUCUUCUCAAAUUUAUGUCUGUGCGAGAAUCUGAGGCUUAUCAACUGGUGAAAGCAGUAUCCAUGCUACUUAACUUUACACGCGAAGAAGAAAACUUGCUAAAGGAAUCCCUAGAAUAUAAGAUGUCUUGGUUUGGGUCAAAACCUACUCCUAAAGGUAUUAUACGUCCAUCAAUAACUGGUCGACCUCCGCCUCACUGGCAGUGAACCAAGUGCAAUGUCAAGAAUGUGCAUAUUGAAGAAACUAUCUACAUAAUUCACUUGAUGAACACUACAGUUAAUAAGAUAUCCUUAUUAGUGUUUUCAGUCACUGUUAUGACAGUGUUUUUAAUACAGGAUUAUAAGUUUUUCAGCUGUUUACAAGUAUUUAAUAACUGGUACUUUAUAUAUUAACACAGCUUUUAAAUGCAAAUGAAAAUGUUCUCCUGUGGGGAAUGAAAUUCAUUGUGAACAAACGUAUUAUGGGUUUGAAAUUCUGUAGUUUCUAAACAUACAUGAAGAACAAUUCUUUUUGGCUCUGUAGCAUUAUUACAGUCCUGAGCCGAUUUGAAUGAAACACUGUUUGAAGUGAUUGCUGUCGUAGUCUGCAUCUCUGUAAACGUGCUCUUCCUUCAUUGAUAGAAAUUAGUGAAUGCUUAAAACAUCUUUUUAAAGCCUUUUUUUCCUUACUGUUAAAGUCACGCUCCUUCCCAACCAUCCCAGCAGUUACAACAGAGCAGGCAGCAGUGCUGUCCGUAACUGCUUUUGAACUCAGUAUCAUGGCCCAAAUAGAACACUUUUAAAAUCAUAUUUACAUUUUUAGUUUAAUCAUUUUGGUGUCACUUGGAAUAAUAAAGCUGGAAACCUGCAAGAUAAAUCAUACCAAUAGGAGGUAACUGAAAAAAAAAUUAAAUAUUGCAAUUAGUUUUCUGCUUAUUGGUCCAAAGUAUCACUGUGGUCCUUUUUCCAUGUUUCUGUCAAAUAUUCUAAUAAUUGUUAAAUGAGCUGUUAUUGAUUCAUUACCUAGUUUAGAUCCCUUGCAUGUGUUCUUGCUGAUUAAUUGUUAUCAUGUGGUUUUAUUGCAGUUUAAGAAUGCAGUAGUGUUGUAUGAAAAUGAUGCUGGAAUAACCAAAAACAAGGGAUUUGAUAUCUAUAAGAACAGUGGGGCAAGUAUAAUAUAUAGUUAGUUACCUGGGUUAAUGCAAAAGAGGGAAAAAAAACAUUCCAAAGGAGCCUUUAUAAAGGGUACCUAUAUUGUGUAUAGAAAUUGAGAGCUUGUUACACACUGGAUGUAAAAAUAGAUGCAUAAAUUAUUUACAGCUUUUCAGAGGCAGAAAAUGUUGCUGUUGAAAUAAUUAUGAUCCAUCAGUAUUUUUUUCACCCUGCUGUUGUGAAACCAGGAGCAACAUUGUGUGUAAAUAUAUAUAUAUGUUACAUAUGAACUAAUGCACUUUUAUUUGUAUAAAAAAUGCUGUUACUUGUAAUCUUUGUACAUGCGUCGAUUGGCCUUAGCAACUAAUUUCUCUCCCUUGACGUUUUAAACCUGGUUUGGAUAACGCAAGUGAUACCUCAUCUGACCUGUGUUUGCUUGGGAAUAAUUUGUAGGUGCAAUACUUUCCAAUUAAAAUUCCUUUAGACUUGCUGAAA